GACCAGCAAGGCAGAGAGUGGAAGGGAGUGCUCUGUCGUAACAGCAGAUGGCUCUUCCUGGAAGCCGACCCCCCUCCCUGAAGGAAAGCGACAACGUGCGGAAGCGGCAAAGCAGAGAGCGAUGGAGACCCUGAGAGACGCCCUGAAGAAGAAGGACCGAGUGCUCAUGGAGGUGCCCCAGUAUCUGGUUUUUGGGGAGAGUGGAGAGCCCAGAUUCUGGAUGGAGCGCCACGCGAUCCUGACAGAAAAGUUGGUUCGAGGUCUCAUCUCAGAGCUGGGCGCUGUGACGUUUAAGGAGGAUCUGAGAAAGGAAAUCGGGGGUAAAAGCAGAGAACACACCUACGCUUACGUUUACCCCACGGCUGGGGACAGGACAGUCUAUCUGUGCCCGCUGUUCUGGAAGGCUCCUGCACACCUUGGGGAAGACUCCCAGCCGGGGACGCUGAUCCAUGAAGUGUCUCACUUCCUGGGCGUCCGUGAUCUCACCUAUUCCAAGGCCGGCAUCACUGUAGCCUGCAGAGGGAAGCUGGUAAAAAGUGCCUCAGACCCGGAUUCCCUCGGGAAAGCGCUACGAAAUGCAAACAACAUCGAGUAUGAAUUUGAAAUUACCCUAAAUCACAAGGGGGGGUACGAGAACGGACGAUACCUCUGCUGCGGGGAGACAGCCGAGAACUCCGUCUGCGAGAGAGCGGUGCCCGAUGAGUUUCUUGACUGCAGUUUGGAAGCAAGUUUGUCAGGGAAGAAGGAAAUCAACCAAACACUGAUGGAAUUGUUGUCAGUGGCAAGAGACAGAUUGCAAGAGCACUUGGCUAAGCUUCGGAAACUUGCAGAGGACAUCGACAAUGUGCACCGAGGAGCGACAAUAGCCAACAUUACCGGAGGGGCAGUGGGGAUUGCCGGGGGGAUAACGACCAUUGCAGGCCUUUGUCUCACUCCGUUUACAUUUGGAGCAUCUCUGGGUCUCUCGCUUGCAGGGCUUGCUGCUGCUACAGCAGGGGGACUGACCAGUGCGGCUGCAACCACCACAGACAUGAUAACAAGUGCAUCAAAGAAGGAGACAGUAGCGAAGCUCUUAGAAAACUGUCAGACCGAGGUGGGAAAUAUCAGUAAGUGCGCAGAGAUCUUCCAGAAACACGUACAGCGCUUGGAAUCCUGCGGAGACAACGCUUUUAUUGCAGUCGCUCAGAUAGGGGCAGGAGCAGGAAGAGUGGUUCUUAAUGCCACGAAAAUGGUGAAAGCUGGUCAGCUCCUGGCUAAUGCUGGGAGAGUUGCAAGGUUUGCAGGAACUGCUACCCGAAUUCUAACUGGGGUCACCCUGGGACUGGAUAUUUUCUUUGUUGCAAAGGAUUCUGUGGAACUCCACCAAGGAGCAGAAACGGAGCUGGCAAGAAACAUCCGAGAAGCUGUCAACGAAAUGGAAAAGAUGAUCGACCAAGUCAAUGAACUAUAUAAGCUUCCAAUUGCAAAGUGACCAUUGUGGAAAACUCAGUGGCUCAGUCCUCCAAGAUGAGAAACACCCCUUCCCACUGCCUCCCACAGGGACUGAGCAUUUCAUGUGACCAGGCUAGAAACGCCACGCUCCUAUAGAAUAGCCCCACUCUUGAUUCACACACUUCAUGUUUAUUACAUUUUAUACAUAUUAAAACCUGUCCUAAAAGGAGUAAUCAUUAACUAUCUCAGUAGCAGCAGUAGUUAAGGACUUUCCUGCACCUACACUGGUAACCAAUGUGGGUAGCGCAUGCUAUCCGUUCCUACUUGCUUCUUAACCUCAGUCUGUCCCCCAGCACUGUGUUUUCUUGUGUUUUCGUUGCUUUUUAGCCAGUUGUGAAUUUUCAUUUUUGGUCUCAGCCCAGGAGCAUUUUGGGAAAUGAGAGACGUUUGGUUCAGAUGUUUGAGUUCAUGUGUCUUAAAGAAACCAGAAAUGGCCCAUAUGCUGCUCCUCUAAAAACAGGGGAAUCCUUUCUGUUCUCACUUACCUUACUUUGUAAAUUGCAUUGAGAUUCACCAAGCAGGUUUGAAGAAAGUGAGUGACACAUUCUUCCCAUGAUGAGCAUUUAAUAUUGUUCAUGGUGUUCCCUCCUUGAGAAGAAAACUGCCAUGCAGUCGGCUCACAGAGCGGGUUUGAGACAGAAUUUAAGCAGAACUCGUCUG